AUGUCGGUCCUCUUUGCGAUCGGAUCAAAUGGCUCAGGCCAGCUUGGAAUUGGCCAUAAGGAGGACGUCUCCGUACCGAAGCAGGCCAUCUUCUACCCUGACGAGCCCGAGUCUCCAGUAGUCAAGGUGGCUGCUGGCGGGAAUCACACGCUGCUUCUGACGGAGUCCGGACAACUUUACUGGAGCGGAGAUGCUACGAGCGGAGCAUGUGGCCUUACUUCGACGACAGAGACGCAAGAACCCGUCUUUCAGCAAGUUCAACUAAGCAAGGAAGGGGUAGAGAACAGCGCCACAACGUCCCUCGUUGCCGCGACUUGGGAGGCGUCAGUUAUCGUCCAGAAAGAUGAUGAGGGCAAGGCGACAAAAGUGUACAGCUUCGGAGCGGGACUGAAGGGCGAGCUUGGUCUCGGUGAGCUUCUGGUGCGCUCACCCUCAGCCACGCUGUUCAAGGAAUUCCCGCCAGCUGGCACUGAAGUUGUCGACAUCGCCGGAUGCAUGGGUCACGUCAUCAUGGUUCUGAGCAACGGUGAAGCCUACGGCUGGGGAAACGUGCGCAAGGGACAAGCCGGAAGCCCGGAGGCCGUCGUUCAUUCGCCGCGGAAGAUUGAGGGCGUCGACUUCAAAAUCACCAGGGCUGUCUGCGGCAAGGACUUCAGCUGUCUCUUCGGCGACCCCGCCUCAGGCAAACUCGUCGUUCUCGGCUCUGACAAAUGGAAUUUCAAGUCAUCAGCUCCGGCAUCCGUGCCCCAGUGGCAGGACGUGGGCGCAAGCUGGGGCAACGUCUAUGUGUUGAAGAAGGAUGGGGAGCUGCUGGCCUGGGGUAGGGAUGACCAUGGACAGCUCCCGCCGCCGAGUCUCCCGAAGCUGUCCAAGAUUGCCAUUGGCAGCGAGCAUGUUAUUGCAUUCACGGAGGACGGUAACGUGCUUGCCUGGGGUUGGGGAGAGCACGGUAACUGCGGCCCGCAGGUCGAAAACAACGAUGUCAAGGGACGGUGGAAUAUCAUUGCAUCGUCGAGAUUCAUUCCACCUGGUUCUAAGAUUACAGGUAUCGGCGCUGGCUGCGCGACGAGCUGGGUGACCAUCACAACCAGCUGA